AUGGAGCUACCAAAUGAAGGUGGAGAAGGAUCUUCUCAAAAGAAAUUAGGAAGAGGAAAGAUUGAAAUCAAGAGGAUCGAGAACACUACAAAUAGACAAGUCACCUUUUGCAAACGCCGCAACGGAUUGCUAAAGAAAGCUUAUGAAUUAUCCGUUCUUUGUGAUGCUGAAGUUGCUCUCGUUGUCUUCUCGACUCGUGGCCGCUUGUACGAGUAUGCUAACAACAGUGUUAGAGCAACAAUUGAAAGGUACAAAAAAGCAUGUGCUGCUUCUACUAAUGCAGAAUCUGUAUCUGAAGCUAAUACUCAGUUUUACCAGCAAGAAUCAUCAAAAUUGAGAAGACAAAUUCGAGAUAUUCAGAAUUUAAAUAGACACAUCCUUGGUGAAGCUCUUGGAUCUUUGAGUUUGAAGGAACUAAAGAAUCUUGAGGGAAGAUUGGAGAAAGGUUUAAGCAGAGUUAGAUCAAGAAAGCAUGAGACGUUGUUUGCUGAUGUGGAGUUCAUGCAAAAGCGGAAGGAGAAGUAA